AUGAAUAAAAGCAGCCUGAAUUCAUCAAAAAUCAAACAACUUUCAUCAGGUGCUCCUAUUGAAGUUGUUCCUAAUGAGAUUAUUUUUAAAGACAUUUAAAUCAACUAGACAUAUGAAAUAACAGUAUUUGUUAGAAAUUUGACUCAAACUGCUCGUAGGAUUAGAGUUUUUUAACCUCAUUCAAAUUUUAGAUGCGAUUAUGAAAUGCAAGGGUAAUUAAGGAUUUCUAGAUUUAAGGGCUAUAGCAGCAGGUCUAUCAAUGAAGCUCAUUGUAACAUUUGAAACAGCCAAUCUAGAAAGUUAUUCUGACAGUUUAAAGAUCGUAACUGAUGGUUAAUAUAGUGUCGAUAUUCCAUUACAUGCAUUCCCAGCAUAAGCAGCGUAUGGAAUUUUACUAAUUAAGUAUAAUCUAUGAACCUUUCAUAAAUUUGGGAUUCGUACGAGUAGGCAAAGAGAAGAUGGAUAAAAUCCAUUUUAAGAAUGAAGGGAAAGCACCUGGAAAGGUUGAAUUAAAAUUAGAAAAGAUACCUGAUUUUAGAAUAGAUCCUAAUUCAUUCUCAUUAGCUCCAGGUUAAGAAUUCUCAGUUUCAGUAUUUUAUAAACCAAAAGAUGCAGGAAUUUUUAGAGGUAUAGUAGAAGUGAUUGCUGAUGGUUAACUUAGUGGAUUGAGUCUUAAGAAUCCAAUUGAUAUUAAUGCUACUUCAAUAGAAUUUACACGAUUCUUAAUAGAUUCAAAUGGAACAUAGAAUAAUCAUUUUGAUUUUGGUACAAUAUAUUAUGGAUAAUAAAAACAAAUUGAAGCUUAUUUAGUGAAUAAUACUCCAAAUUAAUAGAAAUUCAAAGUGAAAUUGAAAAAGGGUUUGCAUGAAAAAGAAGAAACACUUAAGUUAUAAACACCAGCAGAAUUAGGAUUAGAAUAAACUGAACGUAUUAUGGAAUGUUGGCCUGAAGAAGGAACUAUAGAAUCAUAUUCUUAAACAGCUAUUAUAUUUAAAUGUAAACCAAAAGUAAGUGAAGAAUUAUAUAUACGAACAAAAUAAUAUGCUAUGAAUUAAGAUAAGAGAAUGGAUCCAGAUGAAUUUCAAUAUUCAGCUAUCUUUGAUUUUAAUGAUGAUGAACCAUUAAUGAAUCAUUUAUCUGUACAUUGUAUUUGUCCUUAAAUUAAAUUUCCACCUAUACAAUCAUUAUAAUUUGGAUAAUGUGGAGCAAAUUAAUAAAAAGAUAUGAAUUUUGAAAUUUAAAAUCUAUCAUAAGAAUUACCAAUACUUAUUGCUUUUCCAACCAUUCCCUAUUUUACUGUUACUCCACCUAUAAAAACUUUGAGUUAAUCUGAGAAAGUUAAUUUUUGGAUAAGUUUUAGACCUAAACAUAUUGGGUAAUUUGCUAAUAUUUUGAAUGCAGAAUUAUUAGGUGGAGUAUUUAAAAUACCUAUUAAAGUAACAGGUAUUUGUUAAUAAAUAUUACCAAAACCACAAUAUAGAAGAGGACCAGAAUCUCAACCACAAGAUUUUGAAAUAACAAAGGAUAGAUCUAUUUCAGGGAUUGUUAAGACUUAGACAGAUAAGGUAUAAACUUUUGAUUUGUCACGUUCAGUAGUAUCUGUAGCUUAAUAAAGUUUGGAUAAGAUUGAUGAUUUGAAAUUAACAAAUAAAGAAAAAUAUAAUGAAUAUUUAAAAGGUCAUAGAGCAUUAAGGAUUAAAAAAGAGAAAGAAUAAUUGAUUAAAUUAAAAUUCACUUAGAUGACAGAGAAAUUAAAUUAAAUUAAAAAUGAAUCAUUAUUAUUGUAAAAGAAAAAAUAAUAAACAACAGAAGAAGAAAAACCAGAACCUCCUAUUGAUUAUGAAUUUGUUGUUGGAAUGCAUGAAGAUGGUUAUGAAUAAAAUUUAAAUUUACCAGAUGCAAAUGAAUCUUUAUUUGUUACUAAACCUAUAUAUCAUUAUGAACCAAUAACUAGAGUCAAAGAAGGUAAUGUAAUCAAACCCUUUGAUCCAGAUCCAAAGACUGUUCCAAAGAAGAAAUUUCCUAGUGAACCAAAAACACAUAGUGAAAUAAGGGAUGCUUCAUGUGAAUUAACAGCAGAAUAAUUGCUUAAAAUAAGUGCUGGUCCUGUAAAAAUUGAAUUUGGAAAUAUAUUCAUAAAAUCUUUGGCUACAAAAUAUUUUUAUGUUAGAAAUGAAUUAAGAAGUUCUAUAUCUGUUCGUAUAUAUUCAGAUAGAGAAGACUUUGCUUAAUCAUAUAUGAAACCUUAAAUAAUACCUAGUGGUUAAACAGCAGGAUUUGAUGUAUGUGUGAAUUCUAGGUAAUUAGGAUAAUUAAAAUCACAUUUGAAAUAUAUUAUAAAUGAGAAACAUGUAUUUGAAAUAUAAGUAUCAGCUACAAUUGAAAAAGUGUUUUUAGAAAUGAGUAGAUAAUAAGUCAAAUUAACAUUCACAGAAGAUAAUGCAGAAAUGGAAACAAUGGAAAUUUUGAGAUUGACUAAUAAUGGAAAUGCUGAUGCUAAAUUUAAAUGGAUAACAUCUGAAAAAAAGACUUUUUCAGUUAGACCAGAAGAAGGUGUUGUACCAUUUGGAAAACAUUUAGAAUGUUAAAUAAUUUAUCGUCCAUCUCUUGCAAAUAAUUAAUAAUAAUAUGCAGUAUAAGCAUCUGGUUAAUAAUAAUAAUAUACAGCUGCAACAACAAGAACAGAAGAAGAAAAAAUUACACUUAAAACAGAAGAUGGAUUAGAUCAAACAGUGAAAUGUAAUGGAGUUGUGACUGAACCUAAAUGUUCAAUUAAGUAAGGGUCUUUAGAUUUCAAAGAUGUAGUUGUGUGUAAACCUGAAACUAAAAUAAUAAGUUUAAAGAAUCAUUCAAAAUCAACAGCAGUAUUUGCAAUAAAAUCAUAAAUAGAUUGCAUUGAAGUUAUGCCAUUAAAAGGUAGAAUUCAUUAAGAAGAAACUAAAGAUAUACAAGUUAAAUUCUUUAGUAAAGAAGAGAAAACAAUCAAAGGAGAAAUUAUUAUUUAAAUUAGAGGAGGUAAACUAUUGGUUGUACCUUUCUCAGCUUAAGCAAUCAUACCUAAAAUUGAAAUUGAAUAGGAUCAUUUUGAAUUUGGAAAUGUAACCACUCUAGGUACUAGUAAUUAAAUGCCAUUAACUCUAAUAAAUUCAUCUCCUGUUAAUGUUGAAUUAGUUUUGGAUUUGAGAUCUCAAAGUGAAAAUCCUAAAGCUCCUGAUGGUAUUGAUUGUUUAGAAUUCAAACCAUAAGAUGAUGAUGACACUAUUAUGCAUUCUGUUCAUCCUGAUUAAGAAGAUGAUGAACCUAAAGAAGAAGAUCCAUUAGAUGAUGUAUCUGAGAAAUCUGAACCUAUAGAAAUUGAAUAAAAGAUUUAUAGAUAAUAUAAUAUCUCCAUUGGAGGAGGUAAAACUUAAUAAUUUUUAUUACGUUUUUCUCCAAAAGAAGUUAAAUAAUAUUCCUUUGAUAUUCCAUUAACUCUAGCAAGAUAUGGUAUGCUACCUACUUUAUUAAGAAGAGUUACUUGCAAAGGACUCAAACCUAAAUUCUUAGUUGAACCAUAAUCCAUUGAAUUCAAAAAGAAAAUAAUUACUUCUCCAGAUAAAUGUUUCCCAACUGUUGAAGAAAUCAAAUUGUCUAAUCCUGAUAAACGUGAUGUACAUUGGAAAAUUGAUGCAUCAUCAUUAAAAUCAGAAAAGAUCUUUUCAAUUGAACCUACUGAAGGAGUAGUUCCUAGUGGAUAACAAUCAAAAAUUAGAGUUAAAUUUAAUCCUUAUGGACCUGGAUAAUUUAGUGGAAUAGUUUAAUUAUAUAUUUUAUCUGAUCCUGAUAUACCACCUACUUUACCUUAUGUAGAAAUUACAUUAGGAGGAUCUGGAGCAUAUCCAAGAUUAUUAUUUGAUAAAAAAGAAAUAAUUUUACCAGUUGUUCCUUUGAAUAUAUAAUCUAGAUGUUUCUUUAGAAUUAUUAAUGAUGGAUAUGAAAAUUUAAAUUUAAAAUAUAAUUGGGCUCAAGAAAUCAGUAAUUUUAAUUUAGAACUUAAAUUUCCUGAAGGAACUACAUUAGGUGUAGCCAAAAGUAAAUUAAGAGUUGAAGUUAUUUUUAGUAAUAAGAAACCUUUGAGUUUUACAACAAGAGUUGAAUUUAUUGAUGAAGCUAGAGUAUAUUCAAUAUAUAUUUCUGGUACUACAGAUAAUUGUAUUUUUACUAAUCAAUCAUUUCUUUGGAGGAUGGGAAGAUAUCAAUUAGAAGCUGAAGAAAAGAAACCAAUUCUUUAUGUUGAAGAUGAAAAUGUAGAUUCUGAUAAUGAAAAGAAUCCUAAACAUAAUUUUUCUGUAAGAUCAAGUACUUCAUCUAAAGGUACUGCAAAUUUAGGUUAUACUCCUGUUAGGAAAGAAUUAUUUGAUUAAGCUUCUGAAUAUAUUAUUAGAUGGCUUAAUUAUCAUGUACUUACAACUAGUAUUACUAUGUAUCCUGAAGAAGUAAUUAAUUCUAAUGGAUAACAGAUUUUUGAAUUGAUCACAUUCUUAACAGGAAAAUAGAAUUUUUCAUAUAAAUAAAAUAUUGAUCCAAAUUGGAAGAAAUCUUAAAGAGCAGAAGCACUUUAUAAAUAAUAUGAUGAAUUAAUUAGAUAACUUAAAAUAGAAGGAGCAUUAUUAAAUCAUAUUAGAUCAGAAUACUUAUUGAGUUAUUAAGACUAUUUAGCAUGGUUGAAAGUUUAACCACCAACUAAGUUUGAGAAUGUACCUGAAAAUAUGUUGAGACUUAAUCCUACUAAAUAUAACUAUUUAUAAUAAGAUGCUUGGAUUGCUUUAUUUUAUUAAAUUAUCAAAAUCUAUUAUUUGAAUCGUAUAACUGUUAAAGCAUUCAAAGCUCUUCCUGGAAUUCCAACUACUAAAUUAAAUAUUCCUGAAUAUUAUUUAGAAGGAUCCAAUUUAAUUUCAUAAUCAGAAGGCAUACUUCUCUACUUUUAUGAAAUAUGUUAUGAAAUCCAACAUUAAAUGUCUAGACGUAUUAAGAAUUUUGAUUAAGAUUUCAGAGAUUCAAUAUUAAUAGCUGAUGCAUUGACCACUUUUAUUGGUCCUUCAAUGACUAAAUUUUUUAAUAAUUUCCGUAAUUCAUGUAAUCAUGAGGAUGAUUAUAAACAUAAUACAGAAAAAUUAAUGCCAGCAUUAUAAGAUUUUGGUCUUUAAUCUCAUAUUUAACCUAUUGAUAUAUAUCGUCCUUAAUGUAGAGAAAUGAUUAUGCUACUUGUUCAAUUAUUCUUUUCAUUACCUUAUUAUAUUCCUUAAAAAGAACCUAUUUUCUUCUCUUGUGUAUUAGGUGAAGAAGUAGUCAAAAGUAUUGAACUUAAGAAUCCUACUCAAAAACCAAUUAGUUAUUGGGUUAAAUAUGAAGGACAUCCAGAUUUUCAAUUAGAAGGAGAUGAGAGUAUUAAAAUUGAACCAGAUGUUCCAUAUCAAUACAAAAUUAAAUUUACAUCAAGAAUAUCUCAACCUGUUUCUGGAAGAGUGAUUUUCACUAACAAAAAAGAGUCUAAUAUAUAAGCAGCAGCUUUAGUUUUUGAAUUAAAAUCUAGUAUUACAGGAAGAAAAUCUGAGAAAUAAUGGAAUGUCAGUUCUAUUUUGUAUGAAAUCUUUGAUUUUCAAAUUUAAAUAACAAAUAAAUUUUUAUAAGAUGGUGAAUUUUAAAUAAUUAUAACUCAUGAAAAAAAGUAGAUAGAAUAAUAAAAAAAGAAAGGUAAACCAAAUUAAGUAUAAGCCAUAAAUUAAGAAGAGGAAUUUCCAGCAUUCUUUUGUCAAUAAGAGAAGGUUCGUAUUCGUAAGAAUCAGACCAUCAAUCUAACAUUAUAAUAUAUACCAUUAACAAUGGAUACUCACAAAUGUUAAAUAGUUUUAACUGAUCCAUAAGUUGGAGAAUUUUAACAUGAUCUUUAAGGAACGGUAGAAUUACCUAAUUUAUCAGGUGAAUUUAAACCUGAAAAACCUUUGUAUGUAGAUUAAACUAUUCAAAUUCCUUAUCAAAUUCCUUUUAAAAAUGAAUAAAUAGUUCGUGCUAGGUAAUAAAUCUAAUAAAUAAUGUAAUUAAAAUAAAAGAACAAAUAAUAAUAAUUAGGUGGAGAUAAAACUAAUACUUAAAAUAAUUUUUAAAAUAAAUUAGUUUUUCCAGGUAGCAAUAUUGAUUAAAUGACAUUUGAAAUAGAAAUUUUUCCAUAAACAUAAUAUUUAUAAGUUCCAUAAAUAUUAACAGUUGCAGAUGGAAAUAAAAAAUAAAUAGAUCGUAAUAAUGAUGGCAAAUUACCUAUUACAUAUGCAUUUAAAAAUGCAACAAAAGAUUUUAGUGUUAUUUUAACACUAAAAAAUAAAUUUGAUAUUAGAAGAUACAAAUUAUCUGCUCAAGUAUUACCGAAAGUUGUCAAAGCAACUUUAGAAUUCCGAGUGCCAGCUAGAUAAUAAGUAGUUUAAGAGAUUCCUAUUGUGAAUAAUUCAGAUAAAGAAUGGAGCAUAAAGGUUUAGAUCAUUCAACCUUAAGAUGGAUUAUUUUAAUGUCCAAAUAAAGAUUUUUAAGUAAAAAAGAAAUCUACAGGUUUAUUUCCUAUUACUUUUUAUCCUUAAUGGAUAGCAUCAUGUGAGGCAAAAUUAAUACUUAGUAAUCCAUAAACUAAUGAUGUAUUUGAAUAUGAUUUAGUUGGUAUUGGAGAAGAACCAGUUGCUGAAGAGCAUAUAAUACUUAAUUGUUAAGUCAGAAAAUAAAUGAAGAGAGAUAUUGAAAUAAAAAAUAAUUCAGAAAAAGUAAUUACAUACAAAGUAGAUACUGAUUUAAUUUAUGCUACAGGACCAUAAACAAUUACUGUACAACCAGGAAAGAAAGCUAUAUAUCAAUUAAUAGUAUAACCAGUAUUAUCUGGAUAAUAUACUGGGUCAAUCACUUUUACAGAAGAAAAUGGAAGAUAUUUAUGGUAUACUGUCUUUAUGAAUACUGAAUCACCAAAAUCAGUUUAGACUUUAGAAUUAUCUUGUUUAAUUAGAUAAGCAACAGUAAUGUAAUUAACACUUGUAAAUCCAAUGUCUGAAACAGCAAUUUAUGAAGCUGUAAUAAAUGGUGAUGGUUUAGUAGGUGAAGAUUAAUUUGCUAUUGGAGCAAAUAAAGAAGGAAAUUAUGAAUUGACUUUUGCUCCUCUUAAAGUUGGAAGAUGGAGAGGUAGUGUAGCAUUUGUAAAUCGUUAAUUAGGUGAAGUUUGGUAUGAAUUUAUACUCACUUGUGAAGAAUAACCUAUAAUAAAAUUAAAUGUAUUAAAGGCAUCUCUAGGAAAAGUAGAAUCAUAGACUGUUGUUUUAGAAAAUCCAUCUGAUUAAAAGAUUACUUUGUAGUAUAGAAUAUCUAAUCCAACUAAUUUUGAUAUCUUUCCAAAUGAAUUAGUUAUUCAACCAUAUGACAUUUUAAAAGUUAAUAUUAGAUAUACUCCAUCUUCACUUGAUUAAAUAGAAUAGUCUGAAAUAAUAUUUACAUCUCCUAUUGGAAAAUGGCAUUAUUUAGUAUUUGGUAAUGGUUUACCUCCAACUAAAUUUCCAGCUACUACUGUUAGUAUAGGAUUGAAUAAAGAUUAUAGUUCUGUUGUACAUUUUAAAAAUCCUUUCAAAGAUCCAAUUACUGUUAAAAUUGAAUUGGAAGCAGAAGGACAUAAUAAAGAAGUUUUUAAAUUAUUAACUAGCAAAAAUGAUAAGAUUCUUGUUCCAGGAAUGAAUGUGUUAUAAAUUCCUUUUUCAUUUGUUCCAAGAGAAAUAACUUGUUAUUAUGCUGAAAUAAUUAUUCAAAUGAAUGAAAAGAUUUCAUGGACUUUUCCUAUAAAAGGUGUAACAGAAAGCAUUUCCAAUUAAACUUUGUUUCAUUUUAAAGCUAAGUGUAGAGAAAAGUGGGAAGAUGAAAUUAAGAUUGGUCUAUAAGGAAUUGCUUAAACUUUAUAAGCUGAUGAUAAAUUCGAUUUUGAAUUGGCUAAUAUUCCAGUAGAUUUAUAACAAAUGAUCAAUAAAUGCUUUAGUGUUAAGUGUACUAAAAAUUAAUUAUAUAAUCCUCAUGAAAAUCUCCAUUAUGCUGUUCGAUUUUAACCAAUGAAACCUUUUAAAGCUAACAUUGAAUUUAUUGUUCUUAGACAAAGUGGUGGAAGAUGGAAGUAUUCAUAAAUUAAUAUAUUAGAUAUAAAAUAAUCUUAGAAGCUACUUAACCUGAUGAAGAUGAUGUCAUCAUAAUUAGUUCACCAUUAAAUAAAACUGCUAGUGUAUCCUUCAAAUUAACAAAUAAAACCAAAGGAUAUGCUAAAUUCUAUGCUGGAUUCACUCCUGAAUCUGAUGCUGAAUUUUCAGUUAUACCUAAAAUUGGUGAUCUUGAACCAUAUGGAAGAGAGGGAACUACUUUUGUAAUUUAAUUUACUCCCAUAGAAUAUGGUAAGAUUAGAAAAGGAAAAUUAGUAAUUUAAACAGAAGAUAUGUAUUGGUACUGAAUUAUUAUAAUUUAGGUCUUAUUUAAUUAAAGGUAUUCUUCCAAAAUAUAUACCUCCAUAAAUUAAACAAUCAAAUAUUGAUAAUCAUUUAAUAAAAUCUUAAAUUUAGUAAUCAACAAUUAUUGAUUAAUCCAAAAACUAUGUUGUUGAGAAUAUCAAAAAAGCAAGAUAACUUACUCCACCUGCAUCAAAAAGAUAGAUGUUUUUAGAAGCUUCUUUUAUUAAAAAAUGA